CAAGUAUGCAUUCAUCCAGAUUCUACAUCGUCCAUCCACUUUAUUUCCUUGUCAAGGUCUCUCCGUGCUCGUUCGUGUAAUGUUGUCGUCUAAAUGGCGAUUAGAUAUUCCCUUGAGAGAUUUUGGGGAACAGACUUUAAAUGUGUCGCGUACAUAAGUUUUUUACCGUUAUUUUUUACAAGUAUAACUCGCUCCCUCGCUCUGGAAUUCAUUUUGCAAGUCAGUAAACCGCGAUGCCUACACGAUGACGUUGUAGCUAACAUAUUUAUCAACGGUCUGUACAACGUCACUCCAGCAACUGCUAAAGGUCUCCCAUACGUACCCACCUCCUUACAAGUAACAGAUUCUAACGGACAGAUUGUCUACUGGAAGAGCGUUGCGACAAAUGGAAAAUUCGUGUUUGUUGUCGACAAGGACGAUAAGUAUUCGGUGUGUUUCGAAAGUACCCUACCUAACGAUUCCGUAACGGUGCACGGGAGCUAUCUCCGCGAAAAAACCGACAGACGGAUUAAUUUGACCCUAACCAACACGUUUAGUUUUAAUGCUCAUCGAGAUCGACGUCAACGCGACUGGAUGGCCUUCAAUGUGACGACGAUGGAGAAAGAGCUGCUUCUGCUACAAGAGUUUUCACAAAUACUGCAUUACUCCAUGAGUCUCAUGAACGAAGUGCAGUAUAAGAUAAGAUUACACCGUCAAAAAACCGAGUCUGUAUUGCUCGGAGUGUCUGUGAUGGGAAUGACAGUGCUGUGCGGCCUCGCUGUAUGGCAACUGUGGUAUCUUCGAAAUUUUUUUAAGUCUAAAAACAUCAUUGAGUAAAAACUUGUAUUUGUUAAUGUGCUUCUGAGUCCAGACUUUGGCUACAAAAUGUGGCCUCUGAUUCUCAAAACUGCCUAAUUACUGAAAUAUAAAAACUAAACUGUGGUAUAACUGUAGCAAACUUGCUGGUUUUCUCCUUAUUGUUACUGUAAUUAAAUGGCGUCUGCUGCUAUGGAAACCGCCUAUAAG